UUUUGUUAUUAAUUACGAUGAAGAUGAUGCAUUCUGUUGUUUACUUCCAUUAAAGUCCGCUUACAACAUUCUUCAAUAGAAUUUAUAACAAGUUGGCUUAGUUUUAACCAUGACAUUUUCACUACGGGAUAUACAUUCGAGUUUGCGAUGUUUGAACAAACUGAGGGUUGGACACUUGAAAGUGAGAAGUUUUUACCUAUAUGCUCCAGAACCGUUUCAUCCACUGGCAGAUACAUAUCCUCAGAACAAAACAGCAGAUGAAGCUGUUCAAGUUAUUCAGUCUGGGCAUAAAGUCUUCAUCCAUGGAGCUGCAGCUACUCCAUUGCCAUUAAUUGAGGCUAUGUGUGAGCAUGGAAUGAACUCACGAUUGAAGAAUGUAGAGCUAAUACAUCUCCAUACCGAGGGCGCAGGCAGAUACAACAAUCCUGAAUACCAAGGAAUAUUUCGAUCGAAUUCACUCUUCCUUGCUGCUAAUUCUCGUUCUGCCGUGAAUGAAGGCAGAGCUGACAGUACACCCAUAUUUCUCUAUGAGAUACCACUGUUGUUUCGACUGAAGAAGAUUGAGCUUGACGUAGCCUUGAUAUCAGUAACACCACCAGAUAAACAUGGAUUCUGUUCCUUAGGACCCAGUGUUGAUUGUACACGUGCUGCCAUACAGAAUGCCAAGUAUAUCAUUGGUGCCACCAAUAAAAACCUUCCAAGAACAAUAGGAGACGGCAUGAUCCACCAGUCACACUUAGAUGCUAUUGUAGACUGUGACUUCCGUAUUCCAGAACUGACCAUAAGUAAACCGUCUCAGGAGGAGAAAAAGAUCGGAAGGCUCAUAGCAGAUAAUCUAGUUGAAGAUGGCGCUACGCUUCAAAUGGGUAUUGGUUCUAUACCAAACGCAGUUUUAGCGGAGCUAACGGAUCAUAAAGAUUUAGGAGUACAUUCAGAAAUGUUUAGUGAUGGUGUGGUAGACUUAGUAGAAAAUGGAAAUAUUACAAAUGCUCUGAAAAACGUACAAACGGGGAAUAUCAUUAGCACAUUUGCUAUUGGAACCAAACGGUUGUACGACUUCAUGGACAACAAUCCUUUUGUGGAAAUGUGUGAUGUUUCCUUCACAAAUAGUACAGCAGUAAUUUGUCAGAACCCUAAAGUGACCGCUAUCAACUCCUGCAUAGAGGUGGACUUAGGUGGACAAGUUUGUGCUGAUUCGAUUGGAGAAAGGAUAUACUCCGGUUUUGGGGGACAGAUUGAUUUUAUCAGUGGGGCGGCAUUAUCCUUAGACGGUAGAGGAAAGCCUAUCAUUGCCAUGACGUCAAGCACCAAAAGAGGAGAGAGUAAAAUUGUUAAUAUGCUUAAAAAUGGUAGCGGCGUUGUUACAACAAGAGCGCAUGUCCAUUAUAUAGUGACCGAAUAUGGAAUAGCCUACUUGUUUGGAAAGAACUUGCGACAGCGAGCAUAUGAAUUAAUCAAAUUAGCACAUCCCAAUCACAGAGAAAGAUUAGAAAAGGAGGCAUAUGAAAGAAUGAAGUGUAUGCCGUCACCAUAUUAAGUUAUUUAAUAGAAAACUCAUCGAAAAAAACGACAAUUCAACUUAAACUCUUUGGCAAAAGGUAUUAUGCAAGUGAGUUAGUUCGAAAUUUGACGGAUAUAUAAUUCAAAUUAACUUGAUAUGCAUGAUCUUCACCUCUGUAAUAAAAAAAAUGUAUUUUUCUCAACAAAAUGGUAAUAUUUGACUUUUAAAAAUGCAAAAUUCCUAACUGAGUAAGCCUGCUGUUUGUUGAAAUAUUUAAGUAUAUGCUGUAAUUUGAUUUCCAAUUGUACUGUCUUGUCAUGCACAGUUUUAUUGUACGUUUGGCUUGUUAUAUACAAAUGACUUGUAAUGUUUACUUUUAUUGUACGUGUGGCUUGUUUUAGACAUAUGGCUUGCAAUAUACAGUUUUAUUGUACGUGUGGCU